AUGGCGGAGAAAUCGACGUCCCGGGACUCGGACAGCAGCUGGGUGCUGGCGGGCAGCGAGGGUCUGCAGGUCGACACGGUGGGUCCAGAGCUGGAUUCAGCCUCCCACGGGGCUGAGAAUGAGGAUCUGGAGAAGGAGGAAACUGCCAGCCCUGGCCAGACCGAGUGCCUCGAGGGCAGCAAGCAGGAGGACCUGGACCCCAGGACUGGGGCAGUGCCCACCUUGGAUGGCUCCGUGGAGCCCUCUGUGCCCGACAGUGGGGAGCAGGAGGAGCCCCACACUGAGGUUGAACCAAGUCCCUGCCCUGACACCCCCAAAGCUGGGCCACCAGCAGAGGAGGAAAGCUGCAGCAGCAGUGAUGAUGACCUGGAGGGGCUGCGGCGGAGGCAGGGCCAUGAGCCUCGUCCUGGGCCCCCCCUUCCCACACCUGCCCUGCACCGGGAGGCACCGGACACCGGUGACGUGGAAGGGCUCAGCAUGAGCAAGUACCUGCUGGGUGCCUUGGCGCUGGUGGCUGUGGGGCUGCUGGUUGUCUCUGGUGGCAUCUAUGACCCAGCAGAUGGUCCCUUGGAGGGUGUGGUGAGCCGGGACGUGGUGAUGGGGGAGCAGGAGUCACCAGUGCCUGCUGACAGCAACGACUCCCACCAGAAGCCCCCCGUGUCGGACACCAGGGACCCCCAGAGCCUGCAGUCUGUGAGCUUGCUCCUGGACAAGCUGGCCAAGGAGAACCAGGAGAUCCGCCUGAUGCAGGCAGAGCUGCAGGCCCACAAAGAAGAACUUCAGGCCCUGCUGCAGAAGAGUGAGGGCGCAGCAGCGGCGGCCGGGGCGCAGCAGCAGAGCCUGGCCGCAGAGAACCAGCGGCUGCAGGCAGCUCUGGAGCAGGAGGCUGCUGCGCUCCGUGAUGCCCGAGCCGAGCUGCAGCGCCUGCGGGCUGUGGGGGAGCUGGGCGGCCCCGGGGCCAAGCAACCGGCGGCAGAGCAGCCCCCCGGCACGGGGGCCCCGUCCCGUGGCGAGAACGCGGCGCGGCAGGAGGCGGCCCGGCGGCACGGCUGGGUGGCUUCGGUGCAGCAGGAGCUGGCGAGUGUCCUGGAGCGGGCGCGGCGCCCCGGGGGGCUUGAGGGACUCGUGGAGGAGCUGAGUGCCCUGGAGCAGCGCCUGGGUCAGGAGCUGGAGGCCGAACCUUUCCCCGGGUCCUGGAAGAAGCCGUUCAAGGCGGAGAAGAAGGAGAGCAAACGGUACAAGCGGCACGGUGCCGGCCCUCCGCCCCACGAGCGGGAGAGGAGGGAGCAAGGCAAACCCCAUGGGCACGGGAAGGAGCCCCGACCCCCCCGGGAGCAUAAGCAGGGCAAAUCCUGGGGGAAGUCAUCCCACAGCCCUCCCCAGCGCGGUCCCCGAGAGCUGCCCCUGUUCAGCCAGUACCGGGCACCUCAGGGCUGCUCGGGGGUGGCCGACUGCGCCCGCAAAGAGGGCCGGGAGGUUCUGGGGGUUGCGCUGGAGCCGGUGCGGAAGGCGGAGUUCCUGCGGCUGCUGGAGGGCUUCAUGGGGAGGCUGGGCUGGGGGAAACACUUCGAGGGGCUGGCGGCGCGGCUGGACGGCGCCUUCGGGGCCGAUGGCAGCUUCGCCCACGACCGCCUGCGCUUCGUUGACUUCGUGGAUGAUGUGGAGGAGUUGCUGGAGGAGGUGGCGCGGCAGGAGCGAGGCGACGAAGAGGCUGCCGAUGACUUUGAGGAGUUCGUGCUGCGGCACUACGCGGGGGACAGUAGCACCUCCAGGAAGGAGUGGGACCGGAGAGCCCCGCGGCAGCACGGGACAAGGGGGUAGAGCCAAGGGGCAGAGCUGUAGUUUGUCAGGGCAGCUGCCCCACCACAGCCUUCAUCCAGCACCCUCCAAG